AAUUCAGUGUCUGCUAACGCUUCCUUCCUUGUACAGCUCGAUCUUCGUAGCUCAACAUUGCUCUCUAUACCUGGUGCUAGUAUCUUAGGAAAUCAAAGCGCGCGCGUUCAGAAACUUUCUGCUGAUCUUGGAUUGCGAAUUUCUGUAAUUAUUCUAUUGCUCGGUGUGCGAGAUUUUUCGUAUCUAUCGUAAAAAAUUGUCUCUAUGGGCCAAGGCUAAGUGAUAAGCGUCAACUACCUUUUGAGUGAUUAAUUUUUAUCGCUCACCGACGCAUUCUUGGACAGCUUUUGUACUUUGUUGAUAGUGCAGUAAUGACAUCCGAUUAGUGCACCUUGUGUGGGAAUGAUCGUCUCUUCUAUUAUCAUCAUCGUCUGUGAUUUGUCAAUAAAAAUUAGAAGUUUACCCGUGAUUGUCCCGGCAAUCGCAACUACCUUCGACCGAUAAGUGAUUCUGAGUAGCAAUUAGUGCAUUCAGUGUGAUAAGUGACCUUCAUGAGGCGACACUACUUCGUACAGAUGAAUAACCCGCAGCGAGUGAUUCCCGUUGGAGUCAGCACCAUAAGCUCCGGGGCCUCCAGUCUGGAGGAUGGCUACAAAAGUGGGGGAACGGUCAACGUGGGGUACGAUGGGACCAAUGACCAGAACCCGCCCGAUUAUGGAAUUGUGAACAUCUACCAGCCGGCGAGUGAUUUGAGUAAACUGGGCAAGAAGAGUAAGGAUAUGUACGAAGAUAGCCACGAGAAGAGUGAAAGUGAAAUAGGUGGAAAAGGUGCGGAUGAGGAUAGCGACAUAAUCACGGAAUACAUUGGACACUACGGGCUGUGGCAGUUUUACUGGACGUUCCUGCUGUGUUUAUUCCAGAUCCCGACAACCUUCCAUAUUUUUUGUUUGGUCUUCCAGGCCGCAAACCGCGACUUCUGGUGUGCCCGUCCCGCGCACCUUCGCUCUAUACCGCUGGAGCUGUGGCGCAACCUAACGCAGCCCAACGGGGGUCAAUGUUCGCACGUGAACGCACCCUACCAACAGCUGAGCGUGCAUAACUUCACCGAUUACUUCGCAUCGGUGAACGUAUCCUCGCUGGAGCAGGUCAGCUGCCGGGGGUACGAGUUCGAUUCGCGCAUUUUCGGCCAAACAGUGAUCACCGAAUUUGGGCUGGUGUGCGACCGGGCGCAAAUGAUGAGCAUCGUGGAGAUGUGUUUUCUGGCGGGUGCGGCGUUAGGCGCUGUUGGCAGUGGAUGGAUCUCGGAUCAAUUCGGUCGGCGACACACGCUGAUGUGCUUUGCGCUGAUUCAAGCCGUUACCGGAUUCCUGCUCGGAUUCGUCACAUCGCUUGAGCUCUAUAUGGCCAUUCGCGUCAUUAUCGGUUUCGCUUCCAUGUCGGUAGCCGUCGUCAGCUUCGUGCUGGUGGUCGAACUCGUCAGCGGAAAGUACCGGACAAUCAUCGGUAUCCUCAACAUCCUUCCGGUGGCCAUUUCCUACGUGAUAGCAGCCGCCAUUGCCUUCUUCACCCGCGAGUGGAGACUGAUGCAGUUCGUCAUUACAGCCCCCGGAGCAUGCCUGCUUCUGGUGUGGUACUGGUGCCCAGAGUCUCCUCGGUGGUUGCUGGCCAAAGGCAGGAUCGAAGAACUGAAAGCGAUCAUUGAUCAGGCAGCCCGAGUCAAUGGCUUCAAGCUUCCUCAGGGGUACGAGAAAACUCUCCAAGUUUCCGAAACAGAAACUUCUGGCGACGUGGUAUCCGUCUUUGACCUAUUUCGGAUGAAAUUUCUGCGAACAACGCUCCUCAUGCUGAUUGUUUGGUUCGGCAUCGUGCUGAUCUACUUCGGAAUUACACUGCACCUGAGCAAUCUUGGCGGUGACAUCUACCUCAACACAGUCCUCGCCGGUAGCGUCGAAUCGAUUGCAAUCUGCCUCAGCAUAGUGGUCGUGCUGAAGCUCGGAUUACGUGUUAAUUUAUUCAUCUACAUGGUCGUCGCUGGCUUGUCGUGCAUCUUGAUGAAUUUCAUUCCGGACGGGAACCUUUGGGUGAUUAUCACGCUGGCGAUGGUAGUCAAGUGUUCCGUAGGGGCGUGCAAUGCCAUCAUACCGACGUUCACAGCCUACCAAUAUCCAACCACGAUGAGAAACCUCGGGGUCGGUGCCGGAAACUUUGCCGCUGGCGUGGCGCUCAUCAUUGUGCCGUACCUGUGGCUGCUGGAACACGUUGACCAAUAUCUGCCCAUUACGGUGAUGGGAGUGUGCAGCAUAAUUGGUGGGCUGUCACUGAUGGCACUCAAGGAUAAGCUUAGCAAAAAGCAUCAGCAGAGGCAUCGGAGCGGAAGUGGAGCCAGUGCGGCUAGUAGCGUCACGCGGUCCACCGAUGAAGAUACGAGGCGCAUACAAAAACACUUUCCGCGGGACAGCUCGGAAAAUGGACUGAGCAACAUCGGAUUUGCUCAGAACGAGAGCAUAUUCCUGUGAGGUGAGCGUGGCCGCCUGUCUACCACGCUGCUGCUGAUGGGACCAAAAUGUACAUAUAAAAGCCGCAUGGGUCCUGCUGACCCCCUCUACUCCUCCUUUGAACCGCAUACUUCGCCAAACACUUACAAAUGUGGGUCCACGUGCGGUUGCCGAUUGAUGACAGAGUACAAGAAACUUAGCUUUUUAGUGUGAAUAGGACGAAUGAAACGCACAUUGGACGUUGAUGGGUACGCUUCUUCUGGUAUAUACUGCGUUCGAACGGGCUGGUUCCAAAUCGAUUGUCCAAUGAUAGAUUGACGAACGGGUGCAAUCAAAAGUGCUGGCUGCGUGGAAUGUUCGCGGGUCGGUUUACCACAGUUAGCUAUUAGCGUUAUAUGUAGCAUGUAUAGUACAGUGCUGUUACGAGGGUGUAAAAAUAGUAGGAUAUAUGUUCCAGCAAAAGGUAGUACAUGUGCUCAGCUCACUUUCAGCAGGUGAACAGAGUUGUAGCGCCUAGGCCGACUGUAGUCCGGUGUUUCUACGAUAAGUUUUUUUUUGGUUUUCCCUGAUGGGAUAAUCAGCCCGCACCGACAUAACAUGAUCUACGUAUCAAUGUGCUUCAGCUGUUGAGAUGAUUGCAAAACAUGUGGACUAUAGAAAAUAAUAAUGAAGAAUUUAAUAGCUAUA